AUGGCUCACUCUGCUGGCUCGGCUGAGCAGAGCCAGAAGCGCCGGCGCCAGCUUGCUCGCGUGACUUCCAUUGACAGCUGUGCUGACCCAGAAGUGAGUGUGGAGCAUUGUGCACCAGGUGUGCGCAAUGCUGAGGACCUUGCACAUUGGCCCUUGGACGUUGUCAGGUCUGUUUGCCGCCCUGAAGAUGAUGAGCUGACUUUGCGCCUCAUGCACCGCUUGAGGUGUGGAAUUCAGCUUAGCAGUGAUUACUCCGGGCUCGAUGCCCCACGUGAGUGCCUAGAGAUGGGUGUGCAAGCCUUGCAACACGAGCUGCAGAUUGAGGGAGGGCUUCUUGAUGCAGUGUUGGUCACUCGCACAUGCGACAAGGCUGCCUUGCCAACGAGGGUUCAGGUUGAAAUGUCUCGCUUUUGGGAGCAGGGCCGGCGAUGCCAUUUCCAGGACAUUUUGGAUCGCUUGCCAGAGCAAGGACGGGAGUACAUCAAUGCAGCCAAGCCCGAAAAGUCGGCCAGGAAGCAAGCUCGGAUGGAUGCAUAUGCAGCCAUCACAGAUUGGGUGAUGAAGAACCGUUCGUGGCUCUUCAGUGUGGAUGCCGAGAGCUAUUGUGCUGUGCAUGAGCGGCAGUGCAAGGUUCACAAGACACUGGCUGUGCCAGAUGGACGUCAGAGCUCUGGGAACCAGAGCUUGCGCAUCAAUGUUGCCGGCGUGACAUGCCACGCAUGGAGUACAGAGGGAAGCUUGGAGGGCAACGCUCACGAGUCCGAGGUGCCACUGUCGGUGUGGCUUGCCGAGCGUGUCUUCAUGUUCGAGAAUGACAUGGAAGAUGCAUGCUUCUUAGAGUGCACUCCCAGGUUUCCAGCCCAGCGCAGGCUGGAAGAUGCUUUCGGGGACGUUGCUUUCGUGUUCUCCUGGGUGGAUGCUGCUGAGUGGCAUGGGUGGCCGAAUCGUCGCAAAAGGAUCCUAGCCUGUGCUGUGAACAAGAGAACUGCUGUGUGGCAUGGAGACGGGUCCGUGCUAGAGCUGCAGAAAGAUUACAGCAAGCGCUUCUAUCGGCAAAUGGCUGCCACCGGUGAGUUGCUGUUUCAAGCUACAACUGAAGACCGCCUGCAGGAAAUGGUGGGGCUCGCUGUGGCCCGCAAGAACAAUGUCAGCCUUGCUGAGAUGCAGCAGCACUUGGCUGCCAGGGAUGCGCCGAAGGUUUUCAGUUUGCUUCUGCCGCCUGGUGGAAUCGUGCGAAUGAAGGACUGGAUGCAGCUGUUUCAGGAUAAGAAGAGAGAGUGUCCAGAGCUGCGUGCUUUCCUCUGCGAUGUCGAUCACAUCGUUGGUGGCAAGGGUCCAUGUGGUGGGGAGCUGUGGCCUACGCAGCUGACCCAUGGACAUGUGAUGGCAUUCUCCCUUGGGGAGACUGAGGAGCAGGGGGUCUCCUUUGUGCUUGCAACUGCCCAAGAGCAUCUGUUGGCCCUGGGUUGGAGAACCUUCGGUGUUUCGAGUAUCAUUCCGAAGUCGAAGCUAUGUGCUGUGAUCGACAACUUGAAGCUUUCUUCCUCGCACAUUAAGCAACUGGCAGGCAACUCCAUGAACUUGCGCACCCAGCUUGCCUUCAUGCUGUAUGCAAUCGCCAAUGUGUCCAGGAAGAAGCUUGAGGACCCUCGCAUGUCGCGAAUGUCUUCUUGGUGCGAGUUCGAUGAGGCCGAAGUAGAGGAUAGCCAGUCGUAG